AUAUCCUGCAACGAAACCCUAGUUCCAUCUUCGGUUGAAGCCUCCAUCAAUCCGUGUCUCUCACAAUGUGUGGUAGCUGUUUGAAGUGCAUCGGCUGCUGCUGCUGCCUCCUCUUCCUCCUCCUCCUCGCCCUCGCCCUCGUCGCCUCCUACUACUACGCCCUCUACGUCCCGCAGGUCCCCACCUACGAGGUCGAGCGCCUCGACGUCCGGGCCCUCGACCUCCGCCCCGACCUCACCCUCGACGCCGCCGUCCUCGCCACCGUCCGGGCCUCCAACCCCAACGCCAACAUCGGCUUCCUCUACGGGGACAAGGGCCGCGUCGACGUCGUCUUCAACGACACCGACGUGCUCUGCACGGGCCGGCCGCCGCACUUCCGCCAGGGCCACCGGAACGUGACCAAGAUCCGGGUCGACAUGGCCGGGUCCAACCGGGUCGGGCCGGGCCUCCAGGCGGCCCUCGAGGAGAACCGGAAGAGCCAUCGGCCCGUGCCGUUGGUGGUGAAGGUGGAGAUGCCGAUUAGGGUUGUGGUUGAAGGAGUCCCCUUGAGGGAGUUCACGGUGUACCUCAACUCUUCCAUGUUGGUCGAUAACUUGGCUCCUAACAAGACUAUGACUAUAAUAUCGAGUGAAACCUCCUACUAUUUUGAGUUGUGAGGUUCGAAUUUAAGGUACGAGGUCUAGGCACAGAGUAGUCGAUGCCUAAAGUCAAAGGUCUCAGAUUCGAAUCGAUGUAAUAUGCCGCCUCAUGUUGUUGGGGAAUGGGGAUUCUUGGAAAUGAUUUAAUUUGGAGUGAUGAUCAUUUGUUGAUGUGACA